AUGUCUGCUGCCAGCUGUCUGCGAUCUGAAGAUCAGUUUCUGUGCUGCAUCUGUCUGGAUGUGUUCACUGAUCCAGUCACCACACCAUGUGGACACAACUUCUGCAAAAAUUGCAUCACUGAACACUGGAACAGUAAUGACCAGUACCUGUGUCCCAUCUGUAAAGAGGUUUUCUACACAAGACCUAAGUUGAAAGUGAAUACUUUCAUCUCUGAGAUGGUCUCUCAGUUCAGACAAGAAGCUCAACAGAAAGCCAGCAGCAGCAGCUCAGAGCAACAAGCUGCCAAACCAGGAGAAGUUCCCUGUGACGUCUGUACUGGAACCAAACUGAAGGCCCUGAAGUCCUGUCUGGUGUGUCUGACCUCCUACUGUGAGACUCACCUGGAGCCUCAUCUGACAGCUUCACGCCUGAAAAGACAUCAGCUGAUGGACCCUGUGGAGAACCUGGAAGACAGGAUGUGUAUGAAGCACGAUAAACCUCUGGAGCUGUUCUGUAAGACCGACCAGACAUGUGUCUGCAUGCUCUGCUCUGUUUUAAACCACAAGACACAUGAUGUUGUUCCUCUGGAAGAAGAAUAUGAAGGAAAGAAGGCAGAGCUGGGGAAGACAGAGGCUGAAAUUCAGCAGAUGAUUCAGAAGAGACGACUGAAGAUUCGAAAGAUCAAACGGUCAGUCAACCUCAGUAAGAAAGAUGCAAACAGAGAGAAAGCAGAAGGUGUUCAGGUCUUCACCGCUCUGAAGGAGUCUGUUGAGAGAAGCCUGAAUGAGCUCAUUGAGACGAUUGAAGAGAAGCAAAGAACGACAGAGAAACAGGCUGAAGACUUCAUCAAAGAGCUGGAACAGGAAAUCUCUGAGCUGAUGAAGAGAAGGUCUGAGGUGAAGCAGCUCUCACGCUCUGAAGACCACCUCCACCUCCUCCAAAACUUCCCGUCCCUGAAAGCUGCUCCACCCACCAAAGACUGGACAGAGGUCAGCGUCCGUCCACCAUCAUAUGAGGGGACUGUGGUGAGAGCUGUGACUCAGCUGGAGGAGACGCUCAGUAAAGAGAUGAAGAAGCUGCUUGCUGAGGUCGAGCUGAAGAGGGUCCAGCAGUAUGCAGUGGAUGUGACUCUUGAUCCUAAUACAGCACAUCCUAAACUCAUCCUGUCUGAUGAUGCGAAACAAGUAAACUAUGGUGAUGUGAAGAAGAAUCUCCCAGACAACCCAAAGAGAUUUUCUAAUUGUCCCUGUGUUUUAGGAAAGCAGAGUUUCUCUUCAGGUAGAUUUUACUUUGAGGUUCAGGUUAAAGGGAAAACUGACUGGGCUUUAGGAGUGGCCAGAGAGUCGAUCAACAGGAAGGGAAAAAUCACACUGAGUCCUGAGGAUGGUUACUGGACUAUAUGGUUGAGAAAUAGAAAUGAGUACAAAGCUCUCGCUGGUCCUUCAGUCUGUCUCUCUCUGAAGUCUCAGCCUCAGAAGGUGGGGGUGUUUGUGGAUUAUAAGGAGGGUCUGAUCUCCUUUUAUGACGUAGAUGCUGCAGCUCUUAUCUACUCCUUUACUGGCUGCUCCUUCACUGAGAAACUCUACCCAUACUUCAGUCCCUCUCCUAAUUUUGGUGGUAAAAACUCCGCCCCUCUGAGAAUCUGUACAAAGGGAACUAAGAGAAAACACAAACUAGGAUUUCUAUUUAAAUUUAAAUCUCUAUUUUAACAUCUGAUCAAAUCCACAGAACUUUAGUUUCAUUUCUAGUCAAAAACACAAAGUUUCCAAAAAAAACAAAACUUUCAGUUUGAAGUGAAACCACAGAAAUCAAAGUGUGAAUAUUUCACAGUGUCAUAAAGCUUCAUUGUAGAGUUCGGCUGAGACCAUGACUCCACAGAAUAUGUGUCAAUAUUUUACAGGCUGUAAUAAGUGCUGAAACACUUAAUGACAGAACAACAGAAAUGAAUUGAUUGAUUGAUAAUCAUUUAUAUUAUUUGUCAGACAAACAUUCUCAGGCUCCAUCUUUUUAAAUGUGAGGUUUUGCUGCUACUCUCUGCUCUAUAUGAUGGUAACUGGAAUAUUUUUGGGUUUUGGACUGUUGGUCAGACAAAACAUUCAAAGACACCUUGAACUCUUAGAAACUGUGAUGAAUAUUUUCACUAUUUUCUGACAUUUUAUAAAGUAAAUAAUGAUUCAAAAACAGGUUAAAACAGGAUUUAUUG